AUGGCCUGGGUGGCUCCCCACGGAGAACGUGGUCAUACAAUCGGGGAUGUCAAAAAUUUAUGGUUGCCUUGGCUUCAUGAGGAGACUGGAUUAUCCAGGACUCGAGUGUUCACCUUCGGGUAUAAUGCGAAUUAUGCCCAAGGCACCGCAUCGUUAAGUAUUCUGGACUUUGCAAAGAACCUGCUUUUCCAAAUAAAUGCAUACCGUGACGAAAAUAACAAGCCCAUUGGUUCUCAUCCUCUCAUCUUUGUAGCUCAUUCAAUGGGUGGGCUUGUUGUAAAAAAGGCGUAUAUUCUAGGAAAGCUCAUUGAACAAUAUUCUGAUAUCAUUUCACAAGUAGCUGGAAUGAUCUUUCUAGCUACUCCCCAUCGCGGGUCUAACUUCGCGUCAACAUUAAAUGCUAUCCUUCGUAUGUCACCCACCACCGGAGCAAAGACAUACGUGAAUGAGCUCGAGGACGGCUCGGUUUCAAUCGACGAUAUCAAUGAACAGUUUAGAAACGUUUGUGGUGGUUUAUACCUAAUUUCGUUUUAUGAAACAUAUAAGACGGCCAUUUCCCCUGGAGUGAAAGUCAAGGUGGUCGAGAAGCAGUCGGCUGUCCUAGGCUACCCGCAAGAAGUUUCAGCACCCCUUAAUGCAGAUCAUAAUGGGAUAUCAAAAUACCUAAACCGAGAAGAUAGCAAUUACAAAGCUGUUAGAAAUGCCCUGAGAAUGAUAGUCCAGAGAAAUACGGAGAAAGGGUAUCUGAAUGGAGAGAGUGCAAAGUUACCAGCACCUAAUUUCUCUGGUAUAGGAAGCAUUUUAGGCAUCCAGGAGUUGGGAGAUGAGUUGGAAGUUAUUAGUGAACCAAUUCAACCAGGUUCAUGUCGUUGGAUACUCGAGAAAAAGAGUUUCCAAGACUGGGCUGGCGACGGUGCGCCAGGUCUGAAUAUUCUGUGGUUAACAGGCCUACCUGGUGUUGGCAAGUCAACUCUAUCCAGCUUCAUUAUUAACCAUUUCAAACAACUCAAUGUCGCGGCGUCUUGCCAGUAUUACUUCUUCAGGGUAGGCCAACAUAAAACUCGAACGAUGUCACAUUUUCUCCGAUCUCUUGCAUUCCAAGUUGCAGAGGACCAUGAAAGUUUUCGUUCUCGUUUGGUCGAAUGCCACCAAACAACAGGAAUUCGCUUCGUGGAUCUGGAGUAUACUGUCAUCUGGCGCAGAAUAUUUGAGGGAAUUCUCUUUCAAUGCACUCCUGAGCAGCCAUUAACAUGGGUAUUUGACGGAAUAGAUGAAGCUGAAUUUCCGAUUACGAUUAUGAAACUAAUGGCUACGAUAAAAUCCAAACUGCCAAUUAGACUUCUACUCGUAAGUAGAGAAACCAGGGAGCUGUCAUUAUCUAUGUCCCUCAGUGGUUGCAGAAUCGACCGUGAAGAUAUACAGAUUGACGAUACCAUUGAAGACAUUCGAUCAUUUGUCUCCAUGUCCCUUAGCCGCAAUAUACAAGAUAAGGAUAUCCUGCAGUCUGUGAUUGACAAAGUCCUAUCAAAAUCUUCCGGAUCUUUUCUGUGGGCCAAAGUAGCUGUGGAUAGUAUCAAAGAUAACUGGCAUACUGAUUCAGAUAUUGACUAUACCCUCGCAAAUAUUCCGGACGGUAUGGAGCUGAUGUAUGAGCAAAUGAUGGACUCUGUUAUCAACCAACCCCCUAAUUUGUUAAAGAUGGCAUCAGAGAUAUUGACCUGGGUAGCUUGUGCUUUCAGGCCUCUAAGCCUUGACGAACUUGCGGUAGCUUUGAAGCCUCAAUUUGGGAAUUUCUACAAUCUGAAAGUCACCAUUCGCCAGAUUUGUGGGGGAUUUGUGAUUAUAAGGAACUCUAGUGUUAUAAUAAUCCAUGAGACUGCUAGUCAGUUUCUCGCUUCAAAACAUUCGGAUGCAUCUAUCAUAGUCGAUACUCGCAUCGGCCAUGCCCGUUUGGCUCGGAGGUGUAUGAAUUACCUAUCGCAAGGACAAUGGAAGACGGAACUUGCGACAAUUCAUGCAACGAGAGAAUUAGCCCUCCAGGACCCAUAUGAAAAGUUUCCAUUUCUUUCUUACGCUAUUGCGCACUGGACUUACCAUACCAGCUGCAUACCUAUAGAGAUGGAGGAUUUGCAGGCAGAUGUACUUGAAUUUCUGUCCCAGUUCGCUCUCGUCUGGAUAUAUGCCAUCUCUCUCACAGGUGAUUUUCAUAUAAUCAUCUCUUCAGCACAUUAUCUCCGGAAGUUUGCAAAACGAAUUAUGUAUCAUCUCACUCAAAAUCAUGCUUCAAACCCCAAGGAGAACCAAAGCCAGAGACUUGUUCUAUGGUCUACCGAACUGAUACGUCUAGUUGGGCGAUUCGGUCAACGUCUCCUAGAAUCUCCCUCUUCCAUAUACAGACACAUCAUCCCGUUCUGCCCGAGCGAGUCAAUUUUUGCACAGGAAUUUCGGCACUUAAGUCAAAACACUUUAAGAAUAUUGGGUCUAGCAUCCAGCAGUUGGGAUGACUGCCUGGCAAGGAUAACGACGGGGAAUGAUGAAGAAGCAACCAAAAUCAGCGGCAAUGAUAACAUGUUUGUCAUUAUGCUGGAUAGCGGGACUUUGGUCAUAUGGAGCUCGGAAACACUGUUAGAAAUCGGGAGGCUAGAUCACAGAGAAACGACAACAUGCAUCAAAGUUGCAGGGAAUAAGAAUAUUGUGGCCUCAGCAGGCGAAGAAACAGUUCGAGUCUGGGAUUUUGAUCUAGAAGAGGAGCUUUUGAGGACCUCAAACCCAGAGGGGAUCCGAGCAAUAUCACUGGCUUUCAGAGUAAACGAUACUCAGCUAUUAAUUGCAUACAACGAUUAUACAAUAGAGUGCAUUGGCUUAAAUACACUCCAAAAGGACUGGGCUUCUAGGGUCAUUUUACCUUCCGAAUACCAAUAUGGUCCUCCUAGGGACAUACUGUUUAGCCCUGAUACAAGCAAAAUUGCCGUUGUACAUGCUACGCGGCCUCUUGCCAUAUGGCGUACCGAUUAUCCGAAGCACCCACCACAGAGAUUUAUGCGACAAGGCUCUGGAUACCAGAAAUACCAGACUUGGAGAGAAAAUUCAAUAGACAUAGUCAAUUCCCCUCGGAAGGUUGUCUGGAAACCUGACUCUGGCGGACUUAUGGUCUCGUAUCCGGGAAUAGUACUCAUUGAUUGGAGUCUGGACGAUGAUACCCAAAGCGAGUAUCCUCACAUUGUUGCCCAUGAAAUAGCCAUCAGCUCAGAUGGAAAAUUACUACUAACAUGUGACCAUCACAACACGAUACACAUUUGGAAUACAAGCUCGUUUCGUUUACUCUAUAAGCUGAACGCAGGGGGCAAUGGCAUAUUACGAGACAUUGCAUUUUCUUCAGACUCUAGACAGAUUUAUGAUCUUCGAGAUACUGUUUGCCAUAUUUGGGAGCCUGCUGUUCUGAAACAACCAGAAGAGUACUGCAGGGGUGAUAAAGGCUUCCAAUGCUCUGAGACUCUCACUUCUCACGAGGAUACAGAUAAACAUCAAGUUUCUGCCGUUACUUGCUGUGACAAGCUGCCUUACUAUUGCGUCGGGAAAGAAGAUGGCAGCAUAACAAUCUACGAGACAAGGACAGCUAGCAGCCUAGGAAGGCUCUAUAAGCACCCUAAGGGAAUCGGGAUUAUUGGGAUCACUUGGUCACCGUCUUCCAAAUACCUUGCUUCUACCGACAAUUGGGGCAGAGUUUUUGUUAAACGAUUGAUAGAGCCUGCGCCUGCAACACCGCAAAAGUGGACUGUGUACAAGGCAUUCAAUCUAAACCCAGAAUCUGGGGUGAAACUGCUCUUUAGCACGUCGGAGGAAUACCUCCUUGUUUCCAAUUCUGAGUGUGAUCAGCUCUGGAGCAUAACAUCCAAGUCUAAAGUGCUUGAAGUGAAACGAAAGGGUGAUAGCUAUUACCGACGAUGGGUAAACCACCCUGAAAGCCCCAAGCUGUUGGUGUGUAUAGAAAUGGAAACCCAGUAUAUUCAUACCUGGAAUAACCUGGAAAGGAUUGUCCCUCAAAAUGAGGCAGCAGAUGGCCAGGUACUAAAGUACGGACCCACACCAUUCUCUACCAUAGCUUUGGACGCUCCUGAACGCAUUUUUCUGAUCCAAGAUCGAAGCCUUGUCCUUGAGCAUUCUGUCAAUAAUAGAUAUAAUUGCGAUACCCAGCCAUAUGCUUCGUCAUCCCGCCAGAUAGUGAUUAUUGACUUUGAUGACAUGCAGUUACAAAGGAGGGUCCUAAGGGAACUGUCCAGCCAAGUAAGCCGAUUGGUAGGGGUCUACCAGGGGCAGCUAGCCUUCCUUAACCAUGAUUACUGGCUGUGUACCUGGGAUUUGGAGAGUGAUGAGAAUUCCUAUCGAAAGCAUUUCUUUCUGCCGAAGGACUGGAUACUUCCUGAUACUUUAGACCUAAUUACCAUGGACUGCUCUGGCAACCUAUUAUUCCCAAGGAAUGGAGAAGUAGCUGUUAUCCAGUCCCAGCUCCGGCUGUGGGAUUGA